CAAUACCGAGAGAACAGUAAAAAGCUUCACACAGCGAAGGUCAACAUGUCUGAGACAUACGACUUCCUGUUUAAGUUUCUGGUGAUCGGCAGUGCUGGGACAGGGAAAUCCUGCCUCCUCCACCAAUUCAUUGAGAACAAGUUUAAACAGGACUCCAACCACACCAUCGGCGUGGAGUUUGGUUCCAGAGUGGUCAACGUUGGUGGAAAGACGGUCAAACUGCAGAUCUGGGACACUGCUGGGCAGGAGCGAUUCCGUUCUGUUACACGCAGCUACUACAGAGGAGCAGCUGGAGCGCUCCUUGUCUAUGAUAUUACCAGUCGGGAGACAUAUAACGCCCUAACCAACUGGCUGACAGAUGCACGGACUCUGGCGAGUCCCAACAUUGUUAUUAUCCUGUGUGGCAAUAAGAAAGACCUGGAUGCAGACAGAGAGGUGACCUUCCUAGAGGCGUCGCGCCUUCCCGUGUGGGCUUGCUCAAAAGAGCUGAUGUUCCUGGAGACCAGUGCUCUGACAGGGGAGAAUGUCGAGGAGGGUUUCCUGAAGUGCGCUCGCACCAUCCUCAACAAGAUAGACUCAGGUGAGUUGGACCCAGAGAGGAUGGGGUCAGGUAUUCAGUAUGGAGAUGCUUCGUUGAGGCAGCUGCGACAGCCUAGAGGCACCACCACACAGAAUAAACAGCAGUGUAAUUGCUAGGGCUCGGGGGCCCUGCCCUCACCUCAGCCCACAGGCCCACACAGACAGGACGUCCCCUACAGCUCCAGGUGUUUUUUGGUGUGUGGGACCCUUCUCUCUGCAGUCUCACACACCUUGGAUCACCUGGAUUAGUGGUCAUGGAGAUCACUGCAACUCCUUAGUCGCUGCGUCUGGGCAGGGGAAGCUCUCAGUGUGAACACUCUGAGAUCAUAAAGAAGAGGCUUCCUCUUCUUUAAACAAUGGUUUCUCGGUUACUUACCAGACAAGGACGAGUCAAGGGUUGUGUGUAUGGGCUGCCCUACUGUUGUUUUAUCUCUGUGCUUUUUCAUUCUGGUUUUAGUCAUACCGACAUGCUUUUUACAUUUGCACAUCAUUGUUUAUAAAUUAUUAUUGGUAAGCUAUUUUGCAAAUAUCCAUCUUUCAACCUAUCCGGAUAUAAUUCAUGAUUAGUUUGGUCAGCGCUUUGAAAUUUUAACAUUCAUAAAGGCACCUGUUGAUAUUUUGCUUUUUAUUAUCCAUUAUUUGAGUUAAGUGUAUUUUCCAUAAAUUGAAAAUUGAUGGUGAUAAACAGUCUGAACGUGUCCUCUUAUAAGUCCAUUGAAGUCGACAUGCACAGAUAUUUCUUCAGAAUUACUGUAGAUAUAUUGAAAACCAGAUACAAUGCAAGUCCUAGUAAAGGUUUCUGCACUUGUUGUUCUGUAUCUUUUCCUGAUCCAAAUGAAAGCAGCUAAUCUGUGAGUUAAAGUGUAGUUAAAAAUCUUCAUAUAUAAGUAACAUACAGGCCCGAAUGUUAGAGCCCAGUCCUUUUUUUUUUUUCCACUGGACUUUUGGUUCGCAGUAAAAUGCACUAUUAUGACAGUGUGUUGGCCUUAGUCAUGUACUUGAUAUUAUGGAUCUUAUAUUUAUUAUAUUAUUCCUAAUCACCCUGUCUCUAAACUGUCAAAGGGAACGGUCCAAUCACCGCACUCUACAUCCACACAGACGAGCCUGUGGGUUAGGUUUAAAGCACAAAAAAAAGAGGUUUUUGUCUUUAUUUUCCUCCAAAGUUCCCAAAGUCUGUAGAUUUGAAUGAUCAGAUUUAGUCCCUGUGUCUUUGGUCCUAUCACAGUGUAAGGUUAAGAAAGGGCCGUCAAUGUUUGCAAAACAAACAAUGUCUUUGACUCCUCCUGCUGGGCUUUUUCUCCAUUUUCUCGACCUCGCUUUUAAUUCAUGCUGCACAUACUGUAUGAGGGACGUCACAGGAAACCACAGUUAGGUUUUGCCUCUGUGCCAAGUUUGGGAAACUUUCAUACUGCCCACUCAGUUCCCUCUUAGAGGCUCAACACUGUUUAGUCGAGCAAGGCUUUGAGUGCGCCUUGAUGAAAGUCAGGAUUAAAAAAGUAACUUUCGCUUCUCUUUAUCAAGCACAGAAGCAUCUCUGCUCUGCUACAAAAUGUCAUUAAGUAUGCCGAGCCAACCCCAGAUGUUUUCUCCUUUCGAACAGACCCUGCGUUGCCCCAGAGACACACAGGGAAUUUCCACUGUAACAUGGUUUCCUCUUUCCGUGUAGCACUGACAGCAUUGGUUUGUGGUGCUGCGGGAGGAGAAUGAGGCUGUGAGUUAAUAACUGAAAAACAUCCCAAACUCUCCCACCCUACUGUUGAGUCAAUGGCACUGCUUCUGUCUGAACCACUGAGAGCAGGUCAGAAUGACCCCAGCCAAGAGGAGAUCAAAACAAACUGCCUGCAAAACCUAUUUCUCAUGUCUUCUCCUCAAGUGUGAGCAUAUGUCCUCCCAGACAAGCCAUAUGCGUUUUAAGCUCAAGUGAGCCAGCACACUUAAGGGAAAAAGAUGGCGAGUUGUUCAAACAUGAGCUCGUAUAGGAUAUCAAGAGACAGAUGGUCAAAAAAAAAAAAAAGAAUUUCAUAAAAUAUUGGCAUUGUGUGCUAGUUUGUCUCCUUCUGCAAGUGCACUUUUACUUUUGAAUUUUCAUGUUUUUUUUUGUUUAUAUGCUGCAACUAUAGAAUUGUAAAUUUUAUUUUACUUGAACAGUAUACUGUAAUAAAGAUUUUAAUUGUAGACGUUAUCAUUUCUUACUAAAUGACAACUGAGAUUGUUAAUUUGAUUCCCUUGUUUCUGCUGUCGCCAGGAGAAAAGACUGUUGUAGCGGCGAUAAUCUGCUGCUGUGUUAGAGGUUUGACUUGUUUAUUGCCCGCUGCUGCAGUCAUGAUGAAAGGAUGUUGACUUCCUGAGCUGUAGGAGGCCCUCUGCAGCAACUCCGAUCACCCAUAUUCACAGGUUGUCAUUUACAUUCAGCUAUCAAGUCAUCUGCAGAGUUGGCUUGCAUUCACCUGUAUUUAUUGUACAGUUCCUAAUACACAUCCAUCAGAAUAUCCAUAUGAUAAGCAUCCAUCAUGUGAUGAACACAGUCCAACUCAGUUGUUGCUUAGUAACUAAUGUUAUAUAAUCAACCUAAAUUCUACUGUACAUCUAAAGUAACCUAUGCUGUAAAUAAGAUUUGUCUAUUGUCAGUUGAGGGUGAGUGUUGCUCAUUGAUUGUAAUGAUCAUGCAAUUCCCAGUAAACUGCUUGUUUUUUCAGUUAA